AUUUUUCUUCAAGGAACAGAAGUCAUAUUUAAAGUAGCACUGAGCCUACUCAGCAGUCAAGAAACAUCUAUAAUGGGAUGUGAGAGUUUUGAGAACAUUGUUGAUUUUCUUAAAACCUCUAUUCCAGAUAUGACUCAGUCUCAAAUGGAAAAAAUCAUUACCCAGGUGUUUGAGAUGGAUAUUUCAAAACAGCUCCAUGCCUACGAAGUAGAGUACCAUGUUCUGCAGGAUGAACUGCAGGAAAAUGUAAGUCCCUGUGAUGAAGGUGAACCCCUGGAGAAGCUGGAGAGGGCAAACAGUCAUCUGAAGAGACAAAACAUGGAUUUGUUGGAGAAGCUGCAGGUUGCUCAUGCUAAAAUUCAGAGUCUGGAAUCCAGUGUGGAGACUAUUUUGGCUCGAGAGAACAAAAUGAAGACUGCAAUUCAGUCCCUGGAACAGGAGAAGAUAACAUAUCAAAAGACUCUUGAGCAGAUAAUGAAGUAUUUGCCAACAGAAGCGUUGUCUGACUGUGAACUGCUCCUGAAGGAAGUAAACUACAAUCCAAAUAAUAAAAUAAAAUAAGGAGUAAGCCAUAAGCCAGGGUUUUCUAAGCAGCAUUUCUUCAGAAAAGGAAAAGAAAAGAUGAGUAUGCUGCUUUCAAAGGACUUAGCAAUAGGCAACGGUAU